GAUUUAUAAUAACGUGAAUUGCAGAAUUGAAGCUUGCACAGAUUCAAGUUGUGACGGAUAAAAAUUAGUUUUAUUUAAAAUUUUCUUUUGUAAAUUUAAUAAAAUAAUAUAAAAAAAAUAUGGAUCGGUUAUUACGAUUAGGGGGUGGAAUGACUGGAUUAUCUCAAGCACCACCGCCAUCCGAUGCCCCAGUUGUGGAUACAGCCGAACAAGUUUAUAUUUCAUCGUUGGCUUUGUUAAAAAUGUUAAAGCAUGGAAGAGCUGGUGUUCCCAUGGAAGUUAUGGGUUUGAUGUUGGGUGAAUUCGUUGAUGAUUAUACUGUACGAGUUAUUGAUGUGUUCGCUAUGCCCCAAACAGGUACGGGUGUAAGUGUCGAAGCUGUAGAUCCCGUAUUCCAAGCAAAAAUGUUAGAUAUGUUAAAACAAACUGGUCGACCUGAAAUGGUUGUUGGAUGGUACCAUUCUCAUCCUGGUUUCGGAUGCUGGCUAUCCGGUGUCGAUAUCAACACACAACAAUCAUUCGAAGCGCUAUCAGAACGUGCUGUUGCCGUAGUCGUUGAUCCAAUUCAAUCGGUGAAAGGUAAAGUUGUGAUUGAUGCAUUCCGUUUAAUAAAUCCCAACAUGAUGGUUUUGGGUCAAGAACCACGUCAAACAACAUCAAAUUUGGGCCAUUUACAAAAACCAAGUGUACAAGCCUUAAUACACGGUUUAAAUCGACAUUAUUAUUCAAUUAGUAUCAAUUAUCGUAAAAAUGAAUUAGAGCAAAAAAUGUUAUUGAAUUUACAUAAAAAAUCCUGGAUGGAUGGUCUUCAAUUGGCUGAUUACACCGAACAUUGUAGUAUAAAUGAAGGCACUGUCUCAGAUAUGUUAGAUUUAGCGAAAAAUUAUAAUAAAUCAUUGGAGGAAGAGGAGAAAAUGACACCAGAACAAUUGGCUAUCAAGAAUGUUGGUAAACAAGAUCCAAAACGACAUUUAGAAGAGAAAGUUGAUGUUUUGAUGACUACAAAUAUUGUACAGUGUCUUGCAGCUAUGUUAGACACUGUUGUUUUUAAGUGAAAUCAUUAUUUACAAAAAAUUAUUUUUAUUUAUCAUCCCUCUCAUUAAUUAACUCCGCCCCCUUAUUUUUUUUUUUGUCUUA